AGGCGGGAGUUCGUUCCGGGGGGUUAUGGGAGGGUUUUGGUGUCAGGGAUGGAGGUCGGUCGCUUUGUACGGCCGCUGCUGGAGCCGGCCUGGGUGGUGGGGCCGGACGGUGGCGAGUGCGGGGCAGACCUUUAGGCCCGGCUGGGAUGGGCUCGGAGGUGCGCAGCGGGGACUGAGGCGGCUCGGGACAUGGAAGCGCCCGAGCGGGCGGCCCGGGAGCAGCAACCCUUUCCAGCGCGCGCAGGAGGACGAGUGGCGGCGGCGGAACAAGACGGUGCUCACCUACGUGGCCGCGGCCGCCGUGGGCAUGCUGGGGGCCUCCUACGCCGCCGUGCCGCUCUAUCGGCUCUACUGCCAGACUACUGGACUGGGAGGAUCAGCGGUGGCCGGGCACUCCUCAGACCAGAUUGAAAACAUGGUGCCUGUUAAGGAUCGAAUCAUUAAGGUCACCUUCAAUGCUGAUGUGCAUGCUAGUCUCCAGUGGAACUUCAGACCUCAGCAAACAGAAAUAUAUGUGGUACCAGGAGAAACCGCACUGGCAUUUUAUAAAGCUAAGAAUCCUACUGACAAACCAGUAAUUGGAAUUUCUACAUAUAAUGUUGUACCAUUUGAAGCUGGACAGUAUUUCAAUAAAAUACAGUGCUUCUGUUUUGAAGAACAAAGGCUUAAUCCACAGGAAGAAGUAGAUAUGCCAGUGUUUUUCUACAUUGAUCCUGAAUUUGCAGAAGAUCCCAGAAUGGUGAAUGUUGAUCUCAUCACUCUUUCUUAUACUUUCUUUGAAGCAAAAGAAGGACACAAGUUGCCAGUUCCCGGCUAUAAUUGAAGUAGCUUCCAAGACCUGCUUCAGAUUUGUGAUUUUUGGAAAAUCAUGUAUUAUGCUUUCUCAGAAGAGAAAUAUUCUACAGUAAUGUAUAUUGAAACCUUGUAUUUUAAAUGGCUUUAUUUCUUUCUUCCCAUCUUCAUUUAUCUCAGUUAAGACUGAGAGAAUAGGUUCAAAACUCAGUCUGUAAUGAAAAGAUGCUGCUGUCUUGUGAUGGUACUUAAGGGCAGGAAAUGAACAUUGCUCUGUGUUAAGUAAUAGAGCAGGAAUGUUACUCACCAAGCCUGUGAAUAUUUGACUGUCCAGUAUACCACAUGUAUGACUAGUAAAAACUGCUUGAAGGGCCAGGGAGAUGACUCAGUGGGUUAAACUGUUUGCCCCAUAGGCCUGACAACUUGAGUUCCGGUUCUUGGAAUCAGCCUUAAAAGAGUUGGAGGAAUGGCUCAGAGGUUAAGACCACUGGAUGUUCUCCUGAGGUCUUGAGUUCAAUUCCCAGCAACCACAUGGUGGCUCACAACCAUCUAUAGUGUGUUCUGGUGCCCUCUCCUAGUAUGCAGUACAGGCACACAUGCAGAGAGAACACUACGUACAGAAUAAAUAAAUAAAUAUUUUUUAAAAAGACAGUGUAGUAGCUCGCAUCUGUAAUCCCAGAGUCCUUACACUGAGAAGGGAGGUUGAGCCAGGAGAAUCUCCUUGCCAUUAUAUGCAUGCUGUGGCUGCCCACACAAGUACACACAUAAACUGCUUUAGGAGUUCAGUUCAAUUCUGUAGGUAGGUGCCUUCCAUAGUAUUAGCCCUUCAUACUUUCAACAAUGUAUCUAAAAAUUAAGAAAAAGAAAAUGUGCACAGGUGGUUUGUUUUCGUUCAUAGAACUUAUCACCAAGCAAGGUGGCUGCUACUUUCCUUCAGUAUAAACUGACACUAUUUAAAACCUGUUUGUCUUGUGAGUAUGUAGGGAAGGUGAGUGACACCCAUGCUGCAGCACACAUGUGCUGGUGGUCAGUGGACAUGCUGUGGGAGACAGUUUUCUUUCAUCAUGUGGGUCUCAGGAAUCAGGGUUGUCAGACAAGGCAGCCAGUGCCUUUGCCUGCUGGGCUGUCUUGGCUGAACUGACAGUUUUGAAAACUUAAAGUGGAAGAGGCAUCACUCAGCUCUAACAGUUUGCUCCAAGUUUGCAUUCUUAAUCCAAGUAUGACUUUUCCUGUUAAGUUUGAGGUCUGUUUUAUUCAGAGUACUGGAUAGACAAUGACUUGGAAAUGAUGGUAUAAUGAUCUGACAAAGAAUUUCACCUGUUAGUCUAUGCUAGCAUUUAUUGUUAUAAUUCCAAGUUCACCAAUGUAUGAUGUAAGGAUGAAAUUGUGAAGACUUACUGAUAUAAAAGGUCUCUGAGGUAAAAAAUGAAACAGAAACAAUACAACUCUGACAUAAUAGUCAUUUAAUUUUAAGUGUUUUCCAGUAGCCUUUGUUUCAAAAUGUAAUUUAUAAUAAAAGGCAAGAACAUUUAACAUUAUAAAGGCCACCUGAUGCAAUGUUCUGCUCAGGCACUUGAAAUAUAAUUAAACCAGUCAUCAAGUUUAAACCAAAAUGUUACUUAUAAACAAGUGCAAACUGACUUCUACAUUCAAAUUCAGUUAAAUGAAGGCACUCACUGUCUUCACUUCCUGCCCCAUCUGUUCACAAUGUUUUGUAGCAGGACCAUCUUCAAGUACCCUUAUAGGUCUGUGAUGAUUUCUAUUGGUAGGAAUGCCUGUGCAGCAUAAGAGUCUACAAUUUAUCCAGUUGGCCUAGUACCUGGCAGUUCUCCUUCUGCUGAAGUUGUAGUUGCUACAGCCAGCUUCUCCUGAAAUCCUGAGCCAUUGUCAGGAACAGCAGUGUUACCCAGAAAUGUUAACUAUUCUGUUGAAGCUUCAUUACGGCAGAGAAGUGGUCCACUGGCUUUCUUUCUCUGUUAGCAGGUCUUGUCUUUCAGGCCUCAGUUGAGCAGGGACUACUUUAGAGAGUUGUCCUUUGUGCUGCUAAUGAGUUGAUCAUACAUCUGAAAUAAAGGGAAGACAUUGGCCCACCUCCUGCACUCCUGGAAGACUUUGGAAAGCCACACAAAUUAAGCAUAGGGAAGGUUGGAAUGCACUUCUUCCACGGUUGAAAAUGUGAAGGAAUAAAAAGUGAACAGGUCAGUGGAGACCAGGCAUUUAGGAAAACUGAUGCAGGAACACUGUUGAUGGGUUCUGUUGGUUUAUCUAAUAUGUAUGGACUGCCUAGAAACCAACUUUUUGGAGAUUGUUAUUAAUGAGCACUGAUUAGUGUUGAGUAGUUCAGAGGAAUUUAGUAUUGUACUUAAAUGGUACUUAGGGAAUUUAAUAUAAAAUGUGAUAAUCCCACUGAAUUAUGUGGAAUCUAUGUUGCAUAAGCCAGUGGGUUUUUUUUGUUUUGUUUUUUACCUUAGCAGUCACUGUGACUUUGGGCUUCUUUGUGGUGAUAAGCAUCAAUUUCUUCAUAAAUAGCUCUGAAACAAAGCCACCAAGACAGAAGAAUUACAUAUCAGUUUCAAAGUAUUGUAUCACCACCACUAAAAAAUACAAGCUGUUGGGAGUAGGGGGAGGAUGAGUGUCAGGCAUCUUAAGUGAAUAAAAAGAUCUUUAUCCUUGAGCUUAUUCUAACAUAAAACAUCUACUGUUAGAGUUCUUUCCCAUGCCUAAUAAAGGCCAAUUUAUUUUUACUUUUGAUUUAAAGGAAAAUUAUGGUUCAAACUAGGGCAUUUUGACUUUUUUAUUUAAAAAAUCUAAUUUAAAAUAUUUUAAAAAUAUUAGGGACUGGAGAGAUGACUCUGCAGUUAAGAGCCACUGUCUGCUCUUUUAGAGCACCUUGGUUCAAUUCCCAGCACCCACAUGGCAACUCACAGCUGUCUGUAACUCUGUUUCCAGAGGAUCCCAUACUCUCCACAAAGACAUACAUUCAGGCAAAACAUCAGUGCACAUAAAAUAAAAAUAAAUAAAAAAAUUAACAGUUUGCUUUAUUUAACAUUGUAUUACAUCCUAGACCUGGGAGAAACCUUUAACUUGGUUAUCUUUGUGCCUUAAAUAAAUUAUAAUUUAAUAA